AGGGAAAGAUGGUAGUGGUUGUAGAUGACGAAGAUAGAGAAAAUGAAGGAGAUUUAAUAAUGGCGGCAUCAAUGGUUACACCGGAAGCUAUGGCUUUUUUUGUCAAGCAUGGAACUGGAAUUGUUUGUGUUAGCAUGAAAGGGGAAGACCUUGAGAGAUUGGAACUUCCUUUGAUGGUUGCCCGAAAGGAUAAUGAAGAGAAACUUUGUACUGCAUUCACAGUCUCAGUGGAUGCAAAAGAAGGUACAACGACAGGGGUGUCAGCUCAUGAUAGAGCAACGACAAUAUUGGCUCUUGCAUCCAAAGAUUCAAAGCCCGAGGAUUUCAACCGCCCAGGCCAUAUAUUUCCAUUGAAAUACAGGGAGGGCGGUGUUCUAAAAAGAGCUGGACAUACAGAAGCAUCUGUUGAUCUCGCUAUGCUAGCUGGGUUAGACCCUGUUGCAGUUCUAUGUGAGAUUGUAAAUGAUGAUGGUUCCAUGACUAGAUUACAAAAUCUUCAGCAAUUUGUGCAGUCACAUAAUUUGAAAAUCAUAUCCAUUGCUGAUCUAAUCAGAUACAGGAGGAAGAGAGAUAAAUUAGUGGAACGUUCUUCUGCUGCAAGGAUACCUACUAUGUGGGGGCCUUUCACAGCCUACUGUUAUAGGUCGGUCUUGGAUGGGAUUGAGCAUAUUGCAAUGGUCAAGGGCGACAUUGGGGAUGGGCAGGAUAUCCUUGUGAGGGUACAUUCAGAAUGCCUCACAGGGGACAUAUUUGGAUCGGCCAGAUGUGACUGUGGGAACCAGCUGGCACUCGCAAUGCAACAGAUUGAGGCUGCUGGCAAGGGUGUGUUGGUAUAUCUUCGUGGCCAUGAAGGGAGGGGCAUUGGUUUGGGCCACAAGCUCCGUGCUUAUAAUUUACAGGAUGAUGGACGUGACACUGUGGAAGCCAACGAGGAGCUCGGUUUGCCUGUUGAUUCAAGAGAGUAUGGCAUUGGUGCACAGAUACUAAGAAAUCUUGGGGUUCGAACAAUGAAGUUGAUGACAAACAACCCCGCAAAAUACAUCGGGCUCAAGGGGUACGGUUUGGCGGUUGCAGGGAGAGUCCCCCUCGUGACACCCAUUACAACGGAUAACAAAAGAUACUUGGAGACAAAACGUGCCAAAAUGGGACACGUGUAUGGUGUAGAAUUCAGUGAUCUCAUCAGUGGAAAUGGUAAACUGAGUUCUGACAGUAAGACUGAUAUUGUACCUGACAUUUAACCUUGCUUCCCCAAUUCAUACACAGGCAAGUUACCCAGAUGGGCUAGUAUACAUUAUGGAAUGGUAACCAUUGCAAAAUUCCAUUGUUCUGAAGCUAGAUAUAAUAUUGAUUCUUUCAUAGUCAUUGAUGAAAUUCAACAACCCGUGUACUACAGAAUAUGAUCGAAAUUCUGGUGAAAAUUCAGGAAAAGAUGUUGUAUGCAAUUCUUUGCAGUGUAAAGUACACAUUAAGAGGAAAUUUCUGUUUCCAUGGAAUAAAGUACCUAUCUAGUUUCAAUAGCAUUACUUA